CUUUCUCUGUCGGGUCAUGCUGGAUUUGACCGUCUGCCAGAUCAACUGGUGAACGAAUCCAGAAGCCAGGGCUUCUAUUUCAUCAUCCUCUGUAUUGGGGAGACUGGCAUUGGAAAAAUAACAUCAAUGGACACUUUAUUCAACACCAAUUUUGAGAACUUUGAGCCAUCCCACUUUGAGCUGAAGGUGAGGCUGAGAGCUCAGACUUGCGACCUCCAGGCAAAGGAAAGAAACGUUGGAUUGAACCUCACAUCGGUGAACGCUGCUGGCUUUGGAGACCAGAUGAAAAAGCAGGGAAGCUAUUAGAAUAUUGUGGAUUACAUGGACACUCAGUUUGAGUCCUACCUGCAAGAGGAGCUAAAGGUCAAACGCUCCCUUCAUAACCACCAGGACUCCAGGAUCCAUGCUUGCCUGUCCAUCAUGGCACCAGCAGGCCACUCCCUUAAGUCUCUGGACCUGGUCAUCAUGAAGAAUCUGGACAGCAAGUCUAUCAUCCCAGUCAUUGCCAAAACAGAUACUAGCUCUAAGAGUGAGCUACACAAAUUCAAGAUAAAGAUCAUGAGUGAACUGGCCAGCAAUGGUGUGCAGAUCUUCCAGUUCCCCACUGAUGGGGAUCAACAUGGCCAUGAAUGUAUGUGCUGGAAUAUCCACCUGCCACUUGUUAUGGUUGUCAGCACAGAGGAGGUGAAGGUGAAAGCAAAACAGUACCCCUGGGCUGUAGUGCAAGCGGAGAAUAACAACUACUGUGACUUUGUAACUGAGAUGUUGAUCUGGGUAAACAUGGAGGAUCUCCGUGAGCAGACUCACACGCACCACUACGAACUUUACCGGCACUACAAACUAGGAGAUGCUUUAGACACCGAUGCUGAGUCCGAACCAGUCAGCCUACAGCAAACAUAUGAGGCCAAACAUCAGUAGAUUCUGGGUGAGCUCCAGCAGUGUGAGGAGAUGAGACAGACAUUUGUCCAAAGAGUGAAGAAAGAGGCUGAGUUUAAAGAAGUAGGAAAUGAAGCCCCCUGCAAUUUUUCUUUUUCUAAAACUCAAAGCUCAGAAUUUAGCAAGCUAAAGGAGGAGAGGAAGACUCUGGAGGAAAAGAUGCUCUCCUUCAGCACACGCAGACCUGCUGCCCAGCUGUUCAAAGCCCAGUCCCUUAACACCAAUGAUGGCAGCAAGAUUCCCAUCCAGGACUGCAGUAUGAUUCUGAAGAUUAGACUCUGCUGUGUGUUCCUCCUCUCCUUUGCUAUUGGGGCCAAUCGCAGCUCCAGCGAGUCUGGCAUGUACUGCUCCACUCUCUCCGAGUUCUUUAACACUUCCGAGAGGUUCCCUAAGACCUGCGCAGGCCUUGCUGGAGUGGAGAUUAUCGGCACCCGGACCCCAGCGCAGGUGGCACGGCAGCCUAGUCCUCAGGGGGACAAAUAUGUGUACCGUGUGUGA